AUGGCACAGGGCCCUAAACAACUUGUCAGCGAGCUUGUAUCGUACAACUUCUGGCAAUUAUCUAUAAUCUGUACGUCCGUCAGCUAUGAGUACACAAAGGGUACUGACAAAAUCUACACGAAACACAAAGAAAAUCCCGCCAAACUGACCACUAAAAACCAGCCAAUCAGAAUACUUGCACAACUUGACAGGAUUCGUAAAAUACGAUGGCUGCAGGUGACCGUGAUUGCUUUUGGAUUUGUUAUUGUGUAUAUGAAAUGGAAGGACGACAUGCCUACGCGAUACUCAAAAACAUCGGAUACUGGCUCGUCUACCUCUAUAUCAGUACAGAAUGAUCUUGAGCAGACCUCUCAGAAUUCUAGUGAUUCGUCCGCGAUCGACUAUUCCGCGGAUAAUCCAGUUACAAGGGGCUAUAUGGUUUAUGACUGUAGCCAUCGGUGGUCAGGAUCAUGUGGCGGAUGGUCAGACAGACUUUCAGGAAUUUUAUCUACAUACAUGUUAGCAAUCUUGACCAACAGAAAAUUUCUGAUCAACUUUGACAACCCUUGUCCUCUUGAAAAUUAUUUUGAGCCCAAAUCUUAUGACUGGAGAUACAAUAAAACACUGCUGGGAAGCAAACCUUCUCGUAAUUAUCAUUUGAAAGAUAACAAUGGAUGGAAGAUAAUAGAUGUCUUACUGACAGCGAAUUCUACUCAACCCAUCAAAGAUUUCUUCACUGCGCAUGUCAGCUUUGUACGUAUCAACUGGGAUAUGACACGAGAAUUCCGGAAGUUCUUUCAUGUGGAGAAUUACGCCCCUUGGAUAACACGACUCCAUUUUGCCGAUAUCUAUCGUUAUAUUUUUGACCUAUUUUUCCAACCAAAGCCUUUCUUACUAGAUAUAUUGAAUUCCGUAGUGAAGAACAAACAUACAGACAAGAUGUUUUGUGCUCAUGUCCGGAUCGGAAGGAGUUCUACGUUACCUAAAGAUAAUGUUCGGACUAAAUCAGAAGACAUCCAUGUCAUUUUGGACUUCAUAGAAACAAUUGACAAAACCAGACAUGAUUUAUUCCUUGCAACUGAUUCCAACGAAUUACAAAAACAAUUCAGAAGUAAAUACUCAAAAAAUUUCAUUCUAAAUGUUCCAGGGAGGAUAACGCACAUAGACCAAACAAAAAAUGGUGAUUUGUGUGACGGCUUUCAGAAACAACUUCUUGAUUUUCUUUUAUUACGAACUUGUGACAAACUGGUGAUCUGUGAAAGUGGAUUUAGUAUGAUGGCAGCUUACUGGCGUGAGGAGAAUGAGGGGCUAUACUGCUGGACCCGGCGGUCAGUUGUUCCCUGCUCUCGGUACACCAUCCACGACUUUUUCCCUCUACCCUUAUUAAGUCCUCCACGAUGA